GUCAUGGGCCGGUCAGACCUUGCAGAGGACAAGCGCUUCGAAGAUAAUGCCGGGAGGUGCAGACACCAGGACGUCUUGGACGAAGCCAUCAUCGAAUGGACCCGGAGCAAGGAUGCUGCAGAAGUUCAGGCCGCGUGCAAAGAGGCGGCUGUUCCCUGCGGUCCCAUCUUCUCCAUCAAGGACAUCAUGGAGGACGAGCAUUUCCGCGCUCGCGGCUGCUUCGAGGAUGUCAUCCUGCCGGAUGGGCGGUCGGUCAAGGUACCUGCGAUUGGGCCCAAACUGUCUGCCACGCCUGGCAACACGUCAGGGGGCGGCCCUCGGCUGGGGCAGCACACCACAGAGGUGCUCCGUAUCAAGCUUCGGCUAAGUGACGAUGAGCUGAGCACUUUGCGCAGCGAGGGCGUCAUUGCUGGUAUCACCGAGCAGGGUGGCUGGGCGAUGGUUCAUGCCUCGGAGGUCAUCCAGGAUGGAGGCUGCCUGAUGCACCUUAGCGGCCUUAGCGCGGUGCUGUUCAGAUUCAGGUAUGCAUCGGACGAGCUCUGCGGCGACGAACAGGCCAUCAAGCCGCUUUCCUUCUUCCGCAUUACGGGUAUUGCGGUUCCUGUGCUUGCGGCUCAAGACGUGAGCCACAUUGGAGCACACUUCCAGCUUUUUGUCCACAUGGAGACCUGUUGGUGGUGGUUGUGGGCCACGGGCCUCCAUGCCCUUGCGAGAGCUGGUGGAGGAGAGUUCUUGAUGCGUGAUCCAGUGAAGAUCGGCCACAGGGCAGAGGUGAAGCUGAAGGACGGAAGAGACGUGCAUGUGCAGACCCUCAGUGACUACAGCACUGGGCUACCGGCCUUCUUGGUGGAGGACCUCGUCAGUAAGGAGGAGAUAGCUACAAUCCAGGCAGCUGCUCUGCAAGAGGGCAUGGCAAGAAGCAUAACGCAAGUUUACAAGAAAAGGGUGACCAAGAAACGGGCAGCAAGGAUUUUCAAGGAGGUGGAUGCAGAUCGAGAUGGUGCCCUGGAUUUUCAAGAGCUCAGGGAGUUCCUCCGCGAGGCGGCAGACAUGGUCGACCUAAACUACACCGCCUUCCUGCAUGACCAACUGGGCUUGCCAAACGCAGCUGAAGCAGCGGCAGCCGGCAGGAAGCUCCGCAAGAAAGAGAUCCAGGGCAUAAACUGGCCAGCUUUCUUCCGCGCCUGCUUUUCGAAUUCCCCGGAAUGGUUCUCCCGCUUCUCAAACCAGGCUUGGCUGUAUUAUGAAGAUCAUGCAGGUCUGGGUGACAUUCUGGACAAAGUUGCCCGGGUCACUGGCUUGCCCCUAUCUUUGGUUCAACGAAAUGCAGAGGACAUGCAAGUCUUGAGAUAUCCAGCCGGUGGUGGCCAUUACUCUUGCCACCACGACACUGCCGCCGACGCCCAGGAGGAACACCGCUUCAUGACGGUGUUUUUCUUCCUGAACGACAUCGAGGAUGGAGGCGAGACUGUCCUCUUCGGCACUGACCUGAACGGAAGCCGUUCCCAAGAUAUCUACCUUGCAGGGGAGGAUGUGUGGAGCGAUAUCGAAGCUCAAUGCCAGUCUGUCGGCAGCUGCCCACAACAUCCAGGCGCGCAACCACCGCCUCCCUUCUCUAAUGCCUUGGUAGUCCAGCCUCGUGCGGGCAGCGCUCUCUUCUGGUACAACAUGGAACUGGAACCAGCCGUGGAGCAGGAUGGCAACGCCAUGCGCUACGCUUCGCCCGCGCUGAAAUCGGACCCAGUCUUCGCGCUCGAAGCAAUCAAGAAGAACAGCGAGGCGAUCCUUUACAUCUCGAGAGAUCUCCGCCCCUUUUUGGCAAAAGGAUCUCGGCGGGACCGACUCUGGAUUCGUGGUUUGGGAUCCAUGGGGCUCAGUGAUACUUAG